GCCUCCUCCGCCAUGGAGCAGCGGGCCGUGGGCAGCCUCCCGCUGGCGCCGGGUCUGCGGGCGAAGCUGCUCGCCGCCGGCUUCGAGACGGGCCGGGACGCGCUCGAGGCCGGCCCCUGCCAGCUCAGCAAAGAGACUGGAAUUUCUAAACAGGAAGCCUUAGAAGUUUUGCAAGUGAUCAGGCGGGAGCAAGAAGGGGACAGAGCAGAGCUGGCUUCUGUCAGGAAGUGUACAGCUCUCGAACUCCUGGAAGAGGAGCAAACUCAAGGCACCAUCGUCACGUUCUGUUCUGCGCUGGACGGUCUCCUUGGAGGAGGCGUUCAGCUGACCAAGCUCACGGAGAUCUGUGGUCCACCAGGUGUCGGCAAAACACAGUUAUGCAUGCAACUGGCGGUGGAUGUGCAAAUUCCAGAAUGCUUUGGAGGGCUUGCAGGAGAAGCUAUUUUCAUAGAUACAGAAGGGAGUUUUAUGGUCGACCGAGUAGCAGAUAUGGCAUCUGCCUGCGUCCAGCAUUGUCGGCUUAUUGCUGAAUUGCACCCAGAAGAAGACCAUAUGACGGCCCUGGGGACGUUCUCCCUGGAAAAUAUCCUUUCACAUAUCUAUUACAUCCGUUGCCAUGGCUAUGUGGAGCUGCUGGCAGAGGUCUACCUUCUCCCAGACUUCCUCUCUGAACACUCAAAGGUACGGUUGAUCGUGAUUGAUGGCAUCGCCUUUCCUUUCCGCCAUGACUUUCAGGAUCUCUCCCUACGCACGCGGCUGUUGAAUGGAUUGGCCCAGCAGCUGAUCAGUAUCGCAAAUGAUCACACUGCAGCGGUCGUGUUGACCAAUCAGAUGACAACAAGGAUCGGACAUGGCCCCUCCUCCUUGGUACCUGCUUUAGGAGAAAGCUGGGGGCAUGCAGCAACCAUCCGUUUAAUUCUGCACUGGGAUAACAAACAGAGGCUGGCCACGCUGUACAAGUCACCAAGCCAUAAGGAGUCGACGGUGCCGUUUUGCAUCACACCUCAUGGAUUCCGGGAUGUUCAGAUUCCACAGCCAACUCUGACUCCCUCAGAACAUGAAAUAAAUCCUCGUAAAAGGCCACGCCUGAGCCAGGAAGAGCAACAGUGAUUCAGAAGGAUAACGGCGGCUUCAGUUUAAUACAUUUGCCCUCCCAAUGGACUGCAGGCUCAAGGAACGAUUGGAUGAAAAAGUCCAUUUACUGUGGUAGUUUUAUAUUCAGUACCUCCAUGUUGUUUCCUCCAGCACACCUUCCCUUCAUAUGAUUUUUCUUUUCCAAAUAAAGGUUAAAAAUUA